AUGGAUUUGACGGGAGAGGCUUUGGCACGCAUGCAAAUUACUGCCAUUAUGCAUCGCUAUGCCAGCAAUGCUCGUGAUAACGCCGACUGGGAUGCUAUCGCUAGCUGCUUCGAGUCACAUGGCACCUACCGACUAUCAAAUGGCCGCGAACUACCACCCAGCCGUGCGAAAGAAGUGGUACGGGGCAACGAGGCCAAAUAUAUCCGCCACCAUAUCACCACUAUUGAUAUUGUCUUUGUCAGCAAGGACGAAGCGCACACAGACGCCCAAUUUUUCGCCACAACUGAACACAAGUUUAUUGAUCACUCGGGUCAUUGGAAGGAUGUGUUCCGAAAACAGAAGGACGGUUCAUGGCUCAUACAUGACAGGACUAUUGUGACUGAAAAACAGGAUCCUGAUGGUUGGUCUGCCAAGGUUUGUGGGGAGGACAGCCUACGAAUGUUUGAAAAGGAAAAGGCAAGACUUGAUGUGAACCACUAG